AUGUCGUACACAUACAGAGAGCGGGACCGCGAAUGGGACGACUAUUCGCGUCCCUCCGAACCCCGUUCUUACACCGUUAGACGCUACAUCAUCCCUCCAGAGGACGACCGCGAUCGCGAGCGCGAAGUCAUCUACCGCCGUGACGACUCCUCGAUCGGUGACCGUGAACUGGUCAUUAGGCGCAAGGUUGAGCGUGACGACGGAGACUACGACUACCGGCGCGACCAUCGCUCCGAAAGAGAUUACGAAUGUGAGCACUGUCAGAUCACUUGCCAAGGGCAGUCACUAAUCAGUCGAACAGCGCGAGGUCCCAUCUACGAGCCUGAGUAUCAAGUUGUCCACCGUUCCGAGGUCAUCGACCGUGACCCCCGCGACGUUGAAUACUACUAUCAGAGACGCGUUCGCGAGUACGACGACGACCGGCCUCUUUCCCGUCGAGAGAUCAGUCCUCACGACUCUGUUUCGCAGGUGAACCGCAGCCGCAGCCACCGGGAUCGCGAGCGCGAUCGUGACUACAGCAGCGACGAGAGCAUGGUCUAUGUGCGCAAAGAAACCCGCGAGUACGACGAAGAUCCGAAUCACCGCCGCCACCUUGCCGAAGGCGCCGGUGCCUUGAUCGGCGUUGCAAGAGUCGCCGUCGUUCCGAGUCGGUGGAUGAUGGUCGAAGUUCUCACCACCAUCACCACCACCGCCAUCACCAUCAUCGCCGUCAUCGUUCCAGACACCGCAGCCGCAGUCGUUCGUCCUCCCUCUCGCGGGCCACGACUCUGGCGGGCAUUGGCCUUGGUGCCGCUGCCUUGGCUGGUGCUGUUGCACUGGCGCGCAAGAAGUCUGAAGACAACCGGGAGCGAAGGAGCCGCUCGCGGCAUCGCCGGGGGGUCAGUCUCCAGCGGGGAUGAUGCUCGCAGUUCGUCUCAUCGCAACAAGCGCAUGGCCGAAGCCGGCCUGGCGGGUGCUGCGGUGGCAGGCUUGAUCGAGAAGGCCCGCAGUCGCUCGCGCUCGCGUAAAGGGGAGCGAUCUCGAUCCCGCAGUCGAAUCCGAAAGAGUCUUCCGAUCGUGGCGGCCGGGCUGGGAAGUGCAGCCAUUGCCGGCCUGUAUGAGAAGCACAAGGAAAAGAAGGAGGAAGAAGCAGCAGCUGAACGGCAACGGCGACAGUCACGAUCUAGAAGCCGGGCUAGAUCUGCCAUCCAUCCGGACCCGACGCGGGAAUCGCCCGGCCUGAUCGAGUAUGGCAACGACCCGGUAUACGGGAGCAUUCCUACGACCGACUACUAUGGUCGACCGGCCACUCCGCAGGGCUAUUAUUCCGACGCAGUCGUUCCGGCUGAUGCAGGAGACGCAGCGUAUGGAGCGGCACGACAUGGUCGCCGUCACCGUCACCGUCACCGUAGCCACAGCCGUGGGUACAGCAGCGACUCCAGCUCGGAAUCGGACCGGGAGAGCCGUCGAAGCCACCGCCGCCAGCAGAAGAAGGAACGAAGUAGCAGUCGGAUUCGAGAUCUGGCCGAGGCUGGCCUGGCGGCCGCUGGGGUUGGGUACGCCGCAUCCAAGUACGCAGAGCGCAAAGAGAAGAAGAAGAAGGCGGACAAGGAACGGCACAGCAGGGAGAGAGAGCGGCGGAGAAAUGAAAGCGACCGGGAGCAUGACUCGUAUGAGGAGCAGUACGACCAUGCUCCCUACGCGCCGUCUCCGCCAGUCGGGAUUGCAGGGGAGCCAGCGGAGAAUUACUAUCCGUAUACCAACCGGUUCCCGCCACCCCCUGGAGCGCACAACUUGGGCGAGUAUCGUCCUCCACCAAGU